GGUCUCACAGUGUACCCACAGAUCGCAGUGUCAGAGACGCACUACAAUACCACGCACUACAUGCUCGAUUUCCUUUGACAAUCAAAACCCACUGACAGGCUCCCACACCUUAGUAGGGAUAGCCUGGAUGCUAGGCUGUUUCUGCUUUAGCUAGCUGUUCAUGUAUUUCAGAAACUGCCUAGCAUUCCUCUUAACACGGUGCCAUCUUUCUCAAUACAACCCUUUGAGCUGUCUUUCUCCAUUCAUUUCUGCCGCGUGCAGGUGGAUUCAGUUGCCGAACUGUCGCAUGCUUUUUCUCCAUAGUUGCUGAAAGUUCUGCUCUGAGUCCUCCUUAGCCUGAGUGUCAGUCUGUUCCUGCUCUCUACGUGGAAUUGUCAUGCAAUGCAGGUUUGGCUUGACAAUGACAGUGGAGUAGGUGAAAGCACAAACAAAUGUGGGACCAGGCUAAUUCCUGCCUCGGCAUCCGAGUGACUCUGUUUGGCAUUGUUUUUUUUCUCUCUAUAGCUUUCGGAUGGUUUUAUCGCUACGAAGGGAAGCUGCCCACGCUCCGCAAGGUAUUCUGUACGGUCGCGGUUUGGUGUGCUGUGAGAUGUGUUCUGUCAAAUCUAACGGACAUAUUUAACUUUGAGCAAACAUAACAUCACUCGUUUACUGGUUCUGUCACCACAGUGCCGUGGCGGUUCUAUAAUAUAUUAUUGUCGAACCUUACUGUGCAGUUUCUAGUCUUGGUCCUUGGACGGUUUGGACGGUUUGGGGUGGAAUGGGUUCUGGUUUCUCCCUGGUUUCCGUAACGAUGAAUAUGAAUGAUAUCUCAGAAAGGAGAGAAGAAGAGGAAGAAGAAGAAGGUGUCCAACACAGACACCCUGCAGGAACAGAGGAAAAACAAGAAGGAGAUGGAGUUUGAGCUCAAGCUGGCUGCAGAGAAGGAGGAGAUGUAUGAACGAGAGAAGCAGCUGAAGAUCAGUAGACUGGUGCAGGAGGUGUCAGAGACAGAGCGGGAGGAUCUGGAGGAGUCAGAGAAGGUGCAGCACUGGGUGGAACGUCUCUGUCAGACACGCCUGGAACAGAUUUCCUGUGUGGAGAACGAGUCCCCAGAGAUGUCCCCUCCUCGGUCUCCUGCCUCUGGGCCCAUGGUGAGGCGUUUCCCCGGGGGUCUCCAGCUGGCCACCACUGACCUUGAUGAUUUGAACUUGGAUGAGGUGGACCAGAGCCUGAGGGGGCCCCUGAAGAGACUGGCCCCCACCCAGCCUUCUUCCUCCCAGCCCCCGCCCCCCCUGCCUCUCCCUCCACCCUCUCCCAGACUCAACCCCACCAUCCCCAACUUCUCUCCUGCCUCACCACGACCAUUGCCCCAACGCCUCCCCCCUUCUCCCCCCUCCACCCGCAAGACCCCUCCCUCUGCUUCUACCGCGGCCUCCAGAGGACGCCACCCCCCUCCUCCUCCUCCUCCUCCUCCUCCUCCGCCACCCCCACCUCCACCCCCACCUCCCCCUCCACCUCCUUUUUCUAAGUACCCUCCUACCUCCAUCUCCUCUCACUACCCUCCUACCCCAAUCUCCCACUUUCCUCCCUCCUCCUCACACUAUCCCCCUACCUUCCAGUCCUACAGGCCCCCGUCCUCUCCCCGUCCCUCCCCUCAGCCUCCCCCUCCUCCUGCCCCACCCUCUACGCCCCCACCCUCCCAGUACCCUGAGGAGCAGCUGGGGGGAGGGUCCCAUGGAGGGUACCACCACCACCCCACCAGUCCCCCAGAGACAAGGAGCGAAUGGGAAGGGGGCGGGUACAUGCCGAGGGGCGGUUACUACUCGUCCAACGCCAGUGAAAUGUCCUACCCCUCCAGCCCUAAGGUGAUGAGAAACACUUCCCAUAUCAGUGGCAUCUCCAAUGUAAGCAAUUCCCUGCAAAUCGCUCCUAGCCCGCCCAACCAGAGGCGUCAGAUGGCCCCUGUCAUGUCUAAACCAGUCAUGCUGUCCCAGAAUCAGUCCCAUCGACCUACCCUACACGCUGAGGGCCUGCCCCCGGAGAUGCUGAAACGGAUGGUGACGUAUAACAACUCGUUUAGGUCCAACAACAAGAGACAAAGUGACGUGUGGAGUGACUGCCUCCUUUAUUUCCCUGGUUCCCAACCUGUCCUUUCUGUUGGAUGCAGUAGUCCCUUGUACACAUUCGAUAGCUCAACUAAAUUGACUGUGGAAGUUAAGUAUUAUGUACAUGCAUUGGGCCUUCUUUUGUCUCAAGGUAGAUAGGCAGAUGGCGUGGAUGCUGAGUAGUGUAGAUAAGUGGUUGUACGUCUUCUUUUUAGUGUUCAGGUUGCCCUGAACUGAACUGAACUGACAGCCCAUUGUCCCGCUGUAAAUGGCAUAUUAGUGUUCGAUACAAACUGAGACCACAAGCAACUUCCUGUGCAAUGGGAAGAAGGGCCUCCAUGUUUUUACUCGACCCUACAGAUCAUGCUUAUUGUUAUUAAAAACCUCGAGUUGACAUUCCUUGCCUUAAAAUAAACUCUGUGGCACCCUGCUAUUGCACAUAUUCUGCACUAUAGCUGGUGGAAAGUAGUGCACUAUAUAGGGAAUAGGAUGCUAUUUGAGAUACAAACUUGUACCGCAGAGAGCCUUUUGUACCGCAGAGAGCAUCAAUGUCAUUGCAAUAAAUUGGCUUCUCAUUCAGCCAGAUUUAAUUAACGUUCAUUCUGACUCCCUCAGACUGAUGUCUCCAGUCAUGAAGGCAUUUGUUUCAAACUGGAGACGUCUGCUUUUUGAAAUGGAAAGUGCAGUGUGAUUGCCUUGUUUACUGAGCUGUUGCUGCAGUGGUUGAGACAUGAGUCCUCUUUCUCCUGAAUGGAGAUUGAGGAACUGUGGCCCUCAGAUUUUGAAGGCCACAAAUGACGGUGUUUGUGUGCGUGUAUAUCAAUGAAUCUCCUUUUACAAUGUUUUGAAGUGAAAAUAAGAAAUGCUGUCGCUAUCUCGCUUUACAAGACAAGGUUCUUGAACAGUGGAGCAAACAGAAAAACUGAUAUUUGGAAACUCUUAGUAUGACAAUGGAAGUUUACUUCAAAAACAUCUAUAUUUUAUAGUAGCAACCAAUGUGUUGAAACACUGAAAUGUGUUGGUUUUAACAAUCGCUUUUUUCCCCAUCGCUUUCUACUGCAUAUAAUAAUAAUACAAUUAAAUUAUAUCUUUACAUUAAAAAUCAGUCAUUCCAAUAAAUGUUAUACCCUUUGAUCUUCAAGAAUAGGAUUUGGAAAUAUGGAAGUAUAGAUUAGCCAAAUUGUUUUACCUGAGCACUAAGGUCUUAUUAUCCAGCCCUACUCGGUUGUUUAUGAUUUUGUUGUUCAUGGAGGACUGAUUGGGCUCAUUGAUUUGAGUUGAAAAAUAAAUGCUGCACUCAUGGAAUGGCAUGCUUUGAUCACUGAGAAGUGCUAUUUACAUGUGAAAAAUGAAUGGCAGUUGCUGCCUUUGCUAUACUGUAGGGCUAUUGUUUACCUUUUUGUUGGUGACACUUUGAUAUCUUGAUAAUAUGCAGCUGUUUAAAGGGCAAAUCCACAGAUGAAACUAACAAACCGUCGCCUCUGUUUUGGCAAAAAGCUGAGGGAUGGGCCUGGAUGCAAGGACGGACUAUCCAUGAUAUCAAAAUGAUUGUUUUAACCAUGUUUUGAGGCCAUACAGUGUUUGUUUACAUUUACAAUGUUUACAAACAUUUAGAGAAAAACGUGCUUAUAUUUUGGGUUCUCAUGGAGUGUAACACUUGAACUAAGCUUAUGAGGCAUUUAUAUUAUUCAAGAAUCAAAGGAUAUACAGUUGAAGUCGGAAGUUGACAUACACCUUAGCCACAUACAUUUAAACUCAGUUUUUCACAAUUUCUGACAUUAAAUCCUCGUAAAAAUUCCCUGUCUUAGGUCAGUUAGGAUCACCACUUUCUUUUAAGAAUGUGAAAUGUUAGAAUAAUAGUAGAGAGAAUGAAUUAUUUCAGCUUUUAUUUAUUUCAUCACAUUCCCAGUGGGUCAGACGUUUACCUACACUCAAUUAGUAUUUGGUAGCAUUGCCUUUAAAUUGUUUAACCUGGGUCAAAUGUUUCGGUAGCCUUCCACAAGCUUCCCACAAUAAGUUGUGUGAAUUCUGACCCAUUCCUCCUGACAGAGCUGGUGUAACUGAGUCAGGUUUGUAGGCCUCCUUGCCCGCACAAGCUUUUUCAGUUCUGUCCACAAAUUUUCUAUAGGAUUGAGGUCAGGGCUUUGUGAUGGCCACUCCAAUACCUUGACUUUGUUGUCCUUAAGCAAUUUUGUCACAGCUUUGGAAGUAUAAUUGGAGUCAUUGUCCAUUUGGAAGACCCAUUUGCGAUCAAGCUUUAACUUCCUGACUGAUGUCUUGUGAUGUUGCAUCAACAUAUCCACAUUAUCUUCACUCCUCAUGAUGCCAUCUAUUUUGUGAAGUGCACCAGUCCGUCCUGCAGCAAAGCACCCCCACAACAUGAUGCUGCCACCCCCGUGCUUCACGGUUGGGAUGGUGUUCUUCGGCUUACACGCAUCCUCCUUUUUCCUCCAAACAUAACGAUGGCCGUUAUGGCCAAACAGUUCUAUUUUUGUUUCAUCAGACUAGAGGACAUUUCUUCAAAAAGUACGAUCUUUGUCCCCAUGUGCAGUUGCAAACCGGAGUCUGGCUUUUUUAUGGCAGUUUUGGAGCAGUGGCUUCUUCCUUGCGGAGUGGCCUUUCAGAUUAUGUCAAUAUAUACUGUGGAUAUAGAUACAUUUGUACCUGUUUCCUCUAGAGGUCGACCGAUUCUGAUUUUUCAACGCCGAUACCAAACCGAUUAUUGGAGGACCCAAAAAAAAGCUGAUACCGAUUAAUCAGUCGAUAAAAAAAAUACAAAAACAUUUAUUUGUAAUAAUGACAAUUCCAACAAUACUGAAUGAACACUUAUUUUAACUUAAUAUAAUACAUCAAUACAAUUUAUUUAGCCUCAAAUAAAUAAUGAAACAUGUUCAAUUUGGUUUAAAUAAUGCAAAAACAAAGUGUUGGAGAAGAAAGUAAAAGUGCAAUAUGUGCCAUGUAAGAAAGCUAACGUUUAAGUUCCUUGCUCUUAACAUGAGAACAUAUGAAAGCUGGUGGUUCCUUUUAACAUGAGUCUUCAAUAUUUCCAGGUAAGAAGUUUUAGGUUGUAGUUAUUAUAGGAAUUAUAGGACUAUUUCUCUCUAUACCAUUUGUAUUUCAUUAACCUUUGACUAUUGGAUGUUCUUAUAGGCACAUUAGUAUUGCCAGUGUAACAGUAUAGCUUCCGUCCCUCACCUCACCCCUACCUGAGCUCGAACCAGGAACACAUCGACAACAGCCACCCUCGAAGCAGCGUUACCCAUGCAGAGCAAGGGGAAUAACUACUCCAAAUCUCAGAGUGAGUGACGAUUGAAACGCUAUUAAAGCGCACCCCGCUAACUAGCUAGCCAUUUCACAUCGGUUACACCAGCCUAAUCUCGGGAGUUGAUGGGCUUGAAGUCAUAACAGUGCAAUGUUUGAAGCACAGCAAAGGGCUGCUGGCAAAACGCACGAAAGUGCUGUUUGAAUGAAUGCUUACGAGCCAACUGGUGUCCACCAUCGCUCAAUCAGACUGCUCUAUCAAAUCAUAGACAUAAUUAUAACAUAAUAACACACAGAAAUACGAGCCUUGGGUCAUUAAUAUGGUCGAAUCCAGAAACUAUCAUCUCGAAAACAAGACGUUUAUAUUCUUUCAGUGAAAUACGAAACCGUUCUGUAUUUUAUCUAACGGGUGGCAUCCAUUAGUCUAAAUAUUCCUGUUACAUUGCACAACCUUCAAUGUUAUGUCAUAAUUACGUAAAAUUCUGGCAAAUUAGGCGGCCCAAACUUUUGCAUUUGCACUGACUCUAUGUGCAAUGAACGCAAGAGAAGUGACACAAUUUCACCUGGUUAAUAUUGCCUGCUAACCUGGAUUUAUUUUAGUUAAAUAUGCAGGUUUAAAAAUAUUUACUUCUGUCUAUUCAUUUUAAGAAAGGCAUUAAUGUUUAUGGUUAGGAACACAUUGGAGCAAGGACAGUCCUUUUUCGUGAAUACUCACCGCAUCGAUUAUAUGUAACACAGGACACGCUAGAUAAACUAGUAAUAUCAUCAACCAUGUGUAGUUAACUAGUGAUUAUGAUUGAUUGAUUGUUUUUUAUAAGAUAAGUUUAAUGCUGGCUGGCAACUUACCUUGCCUUUCUGCAUUCGCGUAACAGGCAGACUCCUUGUGGAGUGCAAUGAGAGGCAGGUAGUUAGAGUGUUGGACUAGUUAACUGUAAGGUUGAAAGAUUGAAUCCCCGUGCUGACAAGGUAAAAAUCUGUGGUUCUGCCACUGAACAAGGCACUUAACCCACCGUUCCUAGGCCGUCAUUGAAAGUAAGAAUGUGUUCUUAACUGACUUGCCUAGUUAAAUAAAGAUUAAAUAAAGGUGUAAAAAAAAAACUUGGCCAAAUCGGUGUCCAAAAAUACCGAUUUCCAAUUGUUAUGGAAACUUGAAAUCGGCCCUAAUUAAUCGGCCAUUCCGAUUAAUCGGUCGACCUCUAGUUUCCUCCAGCGUCUUCACAAGGUCCUUUGCUGUUGUUCUGGGAUUGGUUUGCACUUUUCGCACCAAAGUACGUUAAUCUCUAGGAGACAGAAUGCGUCUCCUUCCUGAGCGGUAUGACGGCUGCGUGGUCCCAUGGUGUUUAUACUUGCAUACUAUUGUUUGUACAGAUGAACGUGGUACCUUCAAGCGUUUGGAUAUUGCUCCCAAGGAUGAACCAGACUUGUCAAGGUCUACAAUUUUUUUUCUGAGGUCUUGGCUGAUUUCUUUUGAUUUUCGGAGAGGUGUCAAGCAAAGAGGCACUGAGUUUGAAGGCCUAUUCCUGCUCUUUUCCAGCAUUCCAUCAAACCCAUUUGGUGUGUCAUCAUAGUGGUCUCUGACUUGUGGUCAGACUCGCUCAGGUGGAACAAAUUUAAACUUCCGCCUUUUUUCAAUGUUGAUUUGAAUGUCAUUGAGAAAACAGAGGAGUGUCAAAGAUUUUUCAAAAGUAUCUGUAAUCUGAUUACAAUAUUUUUGCUGGUAAUUUAACGGAUUACAGUUACCGUUUUUCUGGUAACCCCUUACAUGUAACGUUUUACGUUACUCCCCAACCCUGUAGGCGCACCAGGCUUCAGUGUGUCAAGAACUGUAACGCUGCUGGGUUUUUCACGCUCAACAGUUUCCUGUGUGUAUCAAGAAUGGUCCACCACCCAAACGACAUCCAGCCAACUUGACACAACUGUGGGAAGCAUCGGAGUCAACAUGGGCCAGCAUCCCUGUGGAACACUUUCGACACCUUGUAGAGUCCAUGCCACGACGAACUGAGGCUGUUCUGGGGGAAAGGGGGGUUCAUCUUAAUAUUAAAGAGAUGUUCCUAAUGUUUUGUACACUCCGUGUGUAUAGUUAGCCUUCUCUCUACGGUCGCAUAGACCUUGUCAUCACUUUAUUUUUCAGAGCUGGAAAGACAUGGAAAAUGAGUCCACAGCCUUGGUUUUUGUUGUAUUAUAACAUUAAUCAAUUUGAAAUACCAUUUAAAGACAGAAGUGGUUGUCAAAGGAAAUCUAGCCCUUGUGCACUCACCACACUCGUUCUCUGUUAGAACCUAAUUACAUCAUUACAUGCCAACGUCAUUUAGAAAAGUAAUAAGCUACAUUGCCAUUGCCAUUGUGUAAGAUGUCAUAUUACUGAGCAAGAAAUCAGUUAAGAGACCAGGGUGAUAUAGGGCCUGCAUUAUAGGCCUAUUGUUCAACCAUGCUUCCUAGUGGCGCUGAACCUCAAAUGCAGCACUGCCAUGUUGAACUGUCUAAUAUGUUGUUUUG